CAAAGUUUUCAUUUUUGCAAAAUUUACGAUUUAACGUUGAAGUGGGGCAAAACAAAAAAAGCCCUUGUAUACUCGGCAUAUAGUACAUAUACUCGUACGUAUGUACUACUUAAAAGAAUGGAAACUUUGAACACGACCAAAAUCCCACUAAGUAAGUGUACGCCCAGUUCAGUUGGGUUCGGAUUCAGGAUUCGGGAAUUUCCUUCGAGCUUCCAGGUUAGCCAGGGUUCUCCAUGCUCUCCAUGUUCUGCGGGCUCACCGACAGGGUUCAGCUGCACCAGGUGUGCCCGUGCCCGGGUGGAUUCAACCUUUCGUUUUCCAGCCCCGAAACCGGAAUCUACGAUUGAAUUUCAGACAGUAUACGCCACCCAGACACCCAAACACCCAAACACCCCGACCCCAACCACUCAAAACGCCAUCCGGCGGCCAAGGAAAACGCAAAGGCUCUUGCAAUUUUUAUGUGCAAUUUUUUACAUGAGAACCAAAGGCGCUACGAAGUGUCGCUUGUGGCUCGUUAAGGUUAAGGGGUGGAGGGUGUUCUUUAUCUGGAGUGGUGUGGGCUAGCUGUUCGAAUGCCACUGAUAACUGAGGAGUGGAUUAGUCUCUGGUUAUCGUUUGCAGCAGGUACAUGGCACCCAUUUAGCAAAGAUGGACGAUAAUUAUUUCAUAGAAAAAUUAAAGAUAAAGAUGCCUUCUCUAGGGAGAUUUCAACUAGUGAUAAUCAACAAUUUAAAACCGUUAUAUGGAAAGCAAAAUGGGGUCUACGCCCCACGUUGGGCGCCAAAAACACAAAUAACAAAACAAGUUAUUUGAAAUGUUUUAUUUCCAUCACAGAUUAAAUUCAAAACAUUUCCGCAUGUGUUACACCUAAUAGCUUUUCUAGAGGGUAUUUAACACCGGAUCUCUCGAAUUUUUUGCUAUGAUUUAGUGCGCACCACCUGCCGAAUCAUCGCCACCCAGCGCCCGCAAAUACAAUUUAAAUUUUUAAGCGGCACCUACUUUGGACACGCCUUGGCCUGGGAUUCGAGUCACGCAGCCUGCCGGGUGGCAGCGUCAUCAGCAUCCCCCUUUU